AUGACUCGCACCUUACCACAGUUCCUCAGAGAAUACCUGGAUAAGCGCAGGAUUCACCAAAAUCGUUUGGUGACCAAAAAUGGCCACUGCAACAUUGCAUAUGGCAGUGUGAGACACAGCCAAUUAUUCAUUUACUUCCUAGAUUUCUGGACCACCUUAAUGGAAAUGCGCUGGCGUUUUGUCAUCUUUCUCUUUGGAGCCUCCUUUGUGUUUGCCUGGUUCUUCUUCGGACUAUUCUGGUAUUGGGCUGCUUUUGCUAAUGGUGACCUAACCUGGCAAAACCCACCUGCUGGCCAUAAACCUUGUGUAGUAAAUCUUUUCGAUAUGAAAGGUGCCUUCCUUCAGUCUAUAGAGACUCAGAUGUCAAUUGGUUAUGGUUAUCGACAACUCACCCCAUAUUGCCGUAGUACCCUCACCAUUUUCACAAUUCAGUGUGUCUUUGGGACAGUGAUUAUCUGCUUUUGGUGUGGGGUGAUUAUGACUAAAGUUGCCCGAGGCAAAAAAAGAGCCAGAACCUUCAGUUUUAGCAAGAUGGCAGUUAUAUCUUCUCAAAAGGGCAGUCUCUGUUUACAGAUACGAGUGGCCAAUAUGCGCAAAUCUCUGAUGGUUGGAAGUCAGAUCUAUGGCAAACUUCUUAAGACAACCGUCACUCCUGAAGGUGAGACCAUUAUAAUGGACCAGAUCAGGAUAGAUUUCAUUGUAGAUGCUGGAAAGGACAAUCUUUUCUUUGUCUGCCCUUUGACCCUGUACCACAUCAUUGAUGAAUCAAGCCCAUUUUUCCAAAUGACAGUAGACACUCUUCACCAGCAGGAGUUUGAGUUAGUGGUGUUUCUCGAUGGCACUGCCGAGUCCACCAGCUCCUCAUGCCAGGUCAGAACUUCCUACCUACCUAAAGAGAUCAUGUGGGGCUAUGAGUUCCUACCUAUCAUCUCCCGCAGCAAAGAGGGAAAGUUUCAUAUAGAUUUCUCCAACUUUGCCAGAGUGGUUCCUGUAGCUACACCACCUUGUGCUAGUCAGUUUGCCAAAUCUCCAGACGGCUUUCACGAUAUUCAGACUGAUGGUCACAGGUUUCAACAGAUGGAAUGA